UGCGUCGAAAUUGGAGUUUAAAAAACUAUCAGAUGUUGGAAAUCCAUCUGAAAUUAAUAGAUCCUAAACUUUUGGAGACAGAUCGCCUCAUUCAGCUAGUGAACAGUGUAUUUGCUGCUUGAGAGGUAAUGGAGCAUCUGUCGUCUCUGUUCUAUGGAUUGGCAAGAUCUCUUUCCAUCAUAAAGGGGAAGGAUUGUGGGGUUGAUGUUGGAAGGGAAGCUGCUGAAGCAAUGGCCAACGAAGCAAAGAAGAACAACUUGAUAUUGCGUUCUCCGGGCAUUGUCAAUGUUGAUGGCUCAAAAAAUUUCGCCUCUGUCUUCUCAAAGGGAGGAAAGAAAGGAGUGAACCAAGAUUGUUUCAUUGUGUGGGAGGAAUUUGGAUGCCAAACAGACAUGAUCUUCUGCGGAGUUUUUGAUGGGCACGGCCCAUGGGGACACUUUGUAGCAAAAAAAGUCAGGCAAUCGAUGCCUUCAUCUUUACUGUGCAAUUGGCAGGAGAUCGUUGCUCUUACUUCCCUUGACCCGGAUUUUGACAUGGAAUCCGAUAAGAAACAUCAUCAAUUUGAUAUAUGGAAGGAAUCCUAUGUCAAAACUUGUGCAGCCAUUGACCAUGAACUUGAGCAGUGUCGUAGGAUUGAUUCCUACUACAGUGGUACGACUGCUUUGACAAUUGUGAGACAGGGUGAACUCAUUGUUAUAGCAAAUAUUGGGGACUCUCGUGCUGUGUUGGCUACCACUUCUGAUGAUGGAAGCUUGGUACCAGUGCAACUCACUGUUGACUUCAAGCCAAGUCUACCUCAGGAGGCUGAGAGGAUAACACAAUGCCAAGGGCGGGUGUUCUGUUUAAAGGAUGAACCUGGGGUGCACAGGGUCUGGCUGCCAGAUGAGGAAACACCAGGUCUGGCAAUGUCUAGAGCCUUUGGAGACUAUUGUGUAAAGGACUACGGGAUUAUAUCUGUUCCUGAAGUCACACAAAGGAAUAUAACCAGCAGGGACCAAUUUAUUGUACUGGCAACAGAUGGGGUGUGGGAUGUUAUCUCCAACCAAGAAGCAGUAGAAGUGGUUUCAGCAACACCAGAAAGAGCUAAAUCAGCAAAACGGCUGGUUGAAUGUGCAGCACUUGCAUGGAGACGUAAGAAACGUGGAAUUGCAACAGAUGAUAUUUCUGCCAUUUGUCUCUUUUUGCAUUCUUCCUCACCCCAUGAACCAGUUGACUCCAUAUCCCUGCAGAAAACAGCCUGAAAAUGAGCAAGCGAGUGUGGAUUUUACCUCGGUAGCGGAUGCCAAGGGGACGAGAAAGUUUAUUCCAACUAAAGAAGCUGUGAAGAACCUAUUGUCCUAAUCAUAUGAGAUGAAAAGCCAGGUUGAGGAUGUUUUUGUAGUUAAACCUUUAACAGACCUGUGCUGGUGGAUUGUAAAGGAUGUCUCUGAUAAAAGGCAAAAAUGCCAUUUCUUU